AUGUCAUUUAACCUCUUUUCGAAAACACCCAGAAAAGCAAAGAAACCUGAAGAUAACGAGGAGGGCAUUCAAAUUGAUUCGCCUCGGUCACGAUCUCCACUAAAGAAGUCUUACUCGAGAUCCAGUAAAAGUAAGGAAGAGGAACAUAUUAAAUCGGAAGAAAAACAACACUCCGGCCAAACAAAAUCUAGCCGUAUUCGACGAAAGUCAAGUGCUUAUCCAUCGCAAAAUUCUUUCGACCCAAAUACUACUCAUCCUUUAAAUCUUCCGCCAGAUCAAUUGCGCAGGCUAUCUACUCAAGUUAGGAUGUCGGAACCUAUGGAUAUUGACGUUGAGUCUUCCACCAGCCCUCGCAAUCCUUCUCCACCACCCGCCACAAGUUCACAGUCAAACACUCAGCCAAGCACACCAAAGCCUGCAGAGCCUGCUCCCAAGCCUUCCUCAAAGUCUGCUCCCAAGCCAGUACCGCAUCCAAGUGCACCCAAUGGCCAGAGUGCCACAGCUAAUGGAGAGGGACCACCUCCUCCCCCACCAGCUCAUAAAUCAAACCCAACCAGUCCUCAAGCUGUAGCACAACCAACUCUGGAAGAUGCAGAAAUAUUCAAAGAUGCGGGAAACAGAUAUUACAAGGCUAAGCAGUAUAAGAAGGCCAUUGAAGAAUACACCAAGGCCGUCGACGCGAUGCCAUUAUCAUCCACUUAUAUCAACAAUCGCGCCGCUGCUUAUAUGGCUGCUGGUCAAUAUUACCAGGCUUUAGAAGAUUCCAAGCGAGCUGAUCAACUUGAUCCCAACAACCACAAAGUACUUCUUCGUCUAGCUCGAAUCUACAUCAGCAUGGGAUUACCACAAGAGGCUAUGGACACCUUCGGCCGUAUACAACCACCUCCUUCUGCAAAAGAUAUGGCUCCGGCUAAAGCUAUGCUGCAACACCUUGCAUCUGCAGCAGAAGCACUCAAGAACGGGACCGGAUCAAUGGCGAUACAUUCGAUCGAGCAGGCAGAAAAAUUACUUGGGACAGGCGUACCCAGGCCACGCAAAUGGCAAUUGAUGCGUGGUGAGGCUUAUCUAAAAAUGGGCAACGUUAAUGCUUUGGGAGACGCACAAAAUGUCGCUAUGUCUUUGUUGCGCGGCAACAGCCAGGAUCCUGAGGCGCUUGUCUUGAGAGGCAGAGCUCUAUACUCCCAAGGCGAGAACGAUAAGGCCAUACAGCAUUUCCGCCAAGCUUUGACAUGCGAUCCUGAUUAUAGAGACGCAGUCAAGUAUUUGAGACUGGUCAGGAAGGUUGAUCAGCUGAAAUCGGAAGGAAAUGCAGAGUUCAAGGCUGGGCGGUACCCAGAUGCUAUUGCAAAGUACAGUGAAGCUCUUGGACUCGACCCUACCAAUAGAGGAACCAAUUCCAAAUUGCUGCAAAAUCGUGCUUUGUGCAAAUCUCGCCUUAAGGAUUACGCGGCCGCCAUUGAGGAUUGCGACCUAGCUCUUCAACUUGACCCUUCAUACACGAAGGCCAAGAAGACAAAGGCCACUGCUCUUGGUGAAUCUGGCCAGUGGGAGGAUGCUGUGCGCGAGCUUAAGCAGAUACAAGAACAGGACCCAUCGGACGCUAGCAUUGCUAGGGAGGUGCGAAGAGCUGAACUGGAGUUGAAGAAGAGCAAGAGAAAGGAUUACUACAAGAUCCUUGGCGUGGAGAAAGACGCGGAUGACAAUCAGAUCAAGAAGGCUUACAGAAAAGCUGCCAUCAUCCAUCAUCCAGACAAGAAUAGGGAUGAUCCACAUGCCGAGGAGCGAUUCAAGGACAUUGGAGAAGCCUAUGAAACCUUGAGUGACUCUCAGAAACGUGCACGAUACGACAGUGGUGUAGACUUGGAGGACCCAAUGGAUGGUUUCGGAGGUGGUGGCAUGGGAGGGGGAGGGGGAAUGAACAUUGAUCCUGAAAUCCUCAUGCAGAUGUUUGGGGCCCAGAUGGGUGGUGGUAUGGGUGGAGGCCGGGGAGGUGGAGGAGGCUUCCACAGCUUUGGCGGAGGUAUGCCUCAAGGAGGUCGGUCUCGAGGCGCUCCUCAAGGCUUCCCCGGUGGAUAUUCGUUUCAGUGA